AUGAAAAACUACUUGUUUCUAUACUUCAAAUGGAGUUUGGAAGCCGCCGAACUGGACGGACUGAAAAAUCAGGCUAGCGAUUUAGGCAAAAAGAUUUAUCAAAAUUGUCAACCCGACCAAGAUGGAUUUACCAAAUCGGUAUUUGAGGAACUGAAAAAGUUGGUGAAAUUGUUGGAAGAGGCUCACGGCACGAAAACUUCCAAUACUAAAACAGAAUUAGAAAGGUUUAUUUCUGAUAGUGAAAAUGAUGCGAACAAAAAGAAAGCAUUAGAAAUUGCUAAAAAGGUCAAGAAUCAAGACAGCGAUAGUGAAGAUUGCGUAGCAACUGCCUUGGAAAAAUUAAAAACUUCCCAAGAAAAACAACUUGAAAAAGCCCGUCGGGAAUUAAAAUCCUUGCUGGCUGGUCUAAAAAUUAAUGGCAAAGACGCUUACGAAGAAAUAAUAACCGACAUUAAGGACUCAGAAACUGAUAUAAACAAAGUUAUCGAAAUCUGGCAAAAAUGUCAGGAAAUUGAUAAUGCUACUAGUGAUGAUAAUGGCGAACUACUAAACGCACUUAACAAUUACAAAAAUGACUCAAAUAAUAAAAAAGCAUGA